AUGACUGACGCAAAAAGCGUAUCAUCCGUGGAGGUUCCAGAGGGGAAGUUGAUGAAGAAGGGUUCCAUCAAGAAGAAGAUCGAAUCAUUAAGGCGCUGGAGUUCAGCCAGCAUAAAGAGGCCUCCAAAGCAAAAGACCAAGACCCUGAGUCUAUCUUCCCCCGUGGGAGACCCUGACGACGUCUGGCUGCAAGAGGGAGACAGAAGAAAGCUGCGACCCAUCGUCGACUCAGUCUUUGGACAGGGGGAGUCGGGCGUAGAGCGAAGCGGCGCCCCGCUGGCCGCCGCCAUGCUGGGCGGGCUGGGUGGUGCAGGUGGUGCAGGUGAGGUGGACACGGACGACGAGGAGGACGAGCGGGACUUCGAUGAGCCGCUGUGUGCGCUGGUUAAGAACUGCAACAUGCUGCACAACUUAGUGGGGCCCGCUUGUAUCUUCCUCAGACAGGGCUUCGCUCAGAGCCAGCUAGACAGAGAUCUACGACCAGAGGAGAUGGAAGAGCUGCGUGAGGCGUUCAGGGAGUUUGACAAAGACAAGGACGGCUUCAUCAGCUGUAAGGACCUGGGAGAGUGCAUGAGGACGAUGGGAUACAUGCCGACAGAGAUGGAGCUGAUAGAACUCAGCCAGCAGAUCUGUGGUGGCAGAGUGGACUUUGAAGACUUUGUGGAACUGAUGGGUCCCAAAAUGCUCGCUGAGACUGCAGACAUGAUUGGAGUCAAAGAGCUGAGGGAUGCCUUCAAAGAGUUUGACUCUGACGGCGAUGGUCAGAUCAGCCUCGGGGAGCUGAGGGAAGCCAUGAAGAAACUAAUGGGGGAGCAGCUGAACCACCGCGAGAUCGACGAGAUCCUGCGAGACGUUGACCUCAACGGGGACGGACAGGUGGACUUUGAAGAGUUUGUGCGAAUGAUGUCCCGCUGACUCUUCACCAAACCUCACUCUACUGCACUAACAUGGACCAGACUGCACACUGUUAAUGUCCUCAUAAUUCUUCUUGUUGUACAAAGACUCGUUAGUGUGUGUAGCGUUCAGUGACCUCCAUCUCCUCUGAAGUAUAAGAGGAUCCCUUCAAUGUGUUUCUGUUGUAUGAAUGUAAUGUAUAUUUAACACUAGUGGAGGGACAACAAAGCUUC